UUGCGCAUAACCAAGCCAUCACAGGUCGCCUCAAAGGCCUUAGUGGGCCAUCAAGACCAAGUUACAUGUUCAAAAUUUGCCGCUGAAAAUAUCCUAUCGGGUAGUCUAGACAAGACUGUUCGCCUUUGGAGGUCAGUCCUCUACGAAGCGGAGUCCGAAGUGAUUUGCACACAUCCCGAAGGAGUGUUUUCUUUGAACAGAACAAGCCAAGGCGAAAAAGUAAUUUCGGGUUCAAUAGGCGGCGACAUCUACCUGCAGGAUCUAGAGUACAGAAAAUUCCUGGCAAAGCUCAAUGUGGCAUCCAGUGUGGUGGAUCUGGAUAUUGAAGAUAAUGGUAACAUCUUUAUUGCUACAGUUCUCGCCUCCCCCGAGGUUCUUAUGUGGGACCUUCGCUGCGGUUUGGACCCCGUAAGAAUCGGAGGUGUUCACGGGAGAGCCGUUAUCGCCUGCCGUAUUCUGCAUGGUGAGGAUAGGAUCGUCACCACAUCGCUUGAUAAGACUGUCCGCGUCUAUGACUUGCGUUCAAAGGAGACAAGUCUGACGCUGCGGUACCACAAUAACGCCGUCUCCUGCGUUGACUUCUCCCUAGGCAGAAGACUGCUAGUAACCGGAUCGUGGGACCGAGAGCUCUUGCUCUUCGAUCUACAUACGGGCACUUACAGGACCGAAGGACCACUUGCUCUGAGGGGGGGACAUGUUGGCUGCGUGAAGUGCUGCGCGAUUUCCGCUGAUGGUUGCCGGGUCAUAUCCGGAGGCAUGGAGCCUGACAUAGCGGUUUGGAGCACCGUUUCCGGAAGUAAGCUUACAACGUUAGAAGGGCACAGAGGUGAAGUCAACAGUGUCAGCCUUCGUAGCGACGACCAAGUAGCACUUUCGGCCUCCAGUGACAAAACGUUGAGAUUGUGGAGUAUGCAGAAGGUGGUGGAAGGUGUGGCCUACACGGACGAGGAACCAACGCACAAGGCGGUUGCCAGAACUAAGGUUAGUUGCGUUUGA